UCCAACUGAGUCAGUGGGUGAAAAGUAAAAAAAAACCUGCAGAUGCUGAAAAUCUAAAACAAAAAACAGAAAAUGCUGGAAGCGCCCAGCAGGUAGGCAGACGCGACCCGACCUGCUGAUUAAUGCCAGCACUUCUGGUUUUGAGUCAGAAAGGCUACCAGCCUGCUCUUUCGCUGCUAGGUGUCAAACGGCUUUGUGCAUCCGCUGCAACUGCUGCCGGAGCCUCGUCCAAACCAGUCUCCGCGACGCCUGGAGAAAAGAUGGACCAUCCAGUUUAUCACGGGAAUAUCAACAGGGAGGUCGGGGAGAAGCUGCUGAGCAGAAGCGGCAAGGACGGCAGCUACUUGAUAAGGGACAGCGAGUCCAUGCCAGGCGUCUACUGCCUGUGUGUUCUGUGCUCCGGAUUAGUUUAUACAUACCGUGUUUUCAAGACUUCGACAGAUUCAUGGACUGUUGAAACAGCACCUGGAGUCAAUAGAAGAUUGUUUCGUAAGGUGAAGAACUUAAUUUCUGCCUACCAGAAGGAAGAUCAAGGCUUAGCAGUACCCUUAUUGUACCCAGUGUACAGGCAAAAAGGUACUGUAAAGGAUGAAGAUUAUCAGAUGAUGCUCCCUUCUGAAUGACGCCCAAGUUUUUAAAUUAUGAACCUGAAUUUUGACUGAAUUUGCCAGUAGAAUUUUCCAUCAAAGUCCAUUGCAGCAGUCAACUUGGAUACAUUUUCAUUGAUCUUUGAUUGUCAUGACCACUAUUCAACAUUCUAAAUAUCACUUUUUUUGUUUCAGAGUGCCAAGUGCUUAACUUGUAACUAGUCCUUUCCAAAAUAAGUUUGAAGCAUAUAUUUUGUCCUCCAUCAGUAUACUUUAUGAAAAAGAGAGCUUUUAAUAUUUCAUUAUUUAUUUAUCUUUUCUUUAAACUUGUUAGAGAAGGAAUCUCUGUACAUUCUAUAUUGUUCCAAGACAGCUACUGUGGGUCAGUAGUAAAAACAAAGAUCAAGAUUUUAAAAAAAUUGCUUGACUUAGGUAAUUUGAAAGAAUUUUUUAUAAAAACAUAGUGCUGUGAAAUUUGGAAAUCUUGUCAAAUAUUCAGUAGGUGAGUUGGGAUCUGUGGAGAAAGAAACAGGGUUAACAUUUCAUGUCAAUUAUCUUUCACUAGAACUGGCAACAGCUAGAGCUAUGUAAGGGCAGAAUGGAAGAAUGCAGGAAAAUGCACUGGGAUCAUUAUUGACAAAUAACCUAUAUCCUGGUGCAAGCUGCACACAAAAUUAACAGAAAUGAGCGGUUCCGUUUAUUCCCUGAGAUCAUCAACAAAAUGCUCAGUUUGCAACACAGUGCUGCAUUCAGGAGGUCAUCAAUGCUCCUUACACCUGGAAAGUGAAUUUUGUCACCUUUCCUUUUCUAGAAAGCAGCAGGCUGUAAGAACACAUGGCUGUGGAUCUACCAACAGAGCAGAGUGCAUUCUGUUGAAGGAAUCAAUCAGCAUAGGUGUCCUUCUGCAAAAUCAGUCAGCAUAGACCAGCAAAACCGAUAUGAAGACUGAAAAUAGACUAACUUGUAACUCACUCAACCCAAUUCUCCCAAAUCAAAUAUACACAUGCAAAUAAUUGAUAAUCUCUUUGAAUUUUGCAACUGUGUCUAGGUCUGCUGAAGGCGAGGGGAGUAGGGUUUAAGGAUUGAUAGCGUGGUGUGGGAGAGUCAUAUCAUCUGCUAUUUUGGGACAGCUAAUCCAGUGGCACGUGUGACAUGCCCAUGAAUCAGUGUGCAUUGAACUUUGGGUUCUCUGUGUGGGUUGAAUGCAUAUUGUCAUCUACAAUAUUGAGACCCUAUUUUGACGCAAUGGUGCCAAAUCAGCAUCGCCCACUAAUUAAUGUACAUGCAGGCAAUGACAUGUGCUGCUGGACUGGCCAUCAAAAAUAGCAGAUGACUCUCACCACAAAUGUGUGUCGGUACAUUGCUCAGUAAAUUGGAAGCACAUUGGUUUCUGCACUGUAAUGCCCAACAAAUCGGAGUUAUGAAGCUGCUUUUGUAGUAAAUCAGUUUUAAGUUACAGGGAAGUAGAGAAAGAACAAAACUGAAGCUCAAUUGUGGAGCAGAAGGCAGGAGAGAUUAACUGAUAAAAAGAAUCAAGGUGCUGAGCAAAGGACUUGUUCUUACCUCUCCGCCCCCUCUUCCUCCUUCUUAAAACUUAAAACUUGUUACAGAGUGGAAAUUGGUCUCUGGCUAAAUGUGUUAGAAACAGGAUAUAGCUGCGGAUGCCAAGGAACCGGUAUUACAGAAGUUGAGCAAGAUUUGAGAUUUGAGAUUAAAUUUCUACCUUGUUUUUUAAAAAAGAUCCAGUUCUGAUCAAUCAUCAGUUACUUGAAAUGCUACCCCUGUUCCAUUUCUGCUACUGACCUUCUGAGUGUAACAUUUCCUACUUUAUAUGAAAAUACAUUGUUACAGGGUGAUUAUAGUCUUACUCUUUGUGAAUAGUUGUACUCAAGAGUGAAAACAAAUUUUCACUGAAUAUAUGGCGUCCUUGAAUUUAUUCAAAGGUGUUUUGAUUUCUCUGUGUCCAGGAUUCUAAUGACAUUCGUCUAAGGUUAGUUCAACUCCUUUACUGCCUAGACUUAGUGAAGAAUCAACAUCUCUAAAUAACUUUGUGUGGGUACAAAUGUCCAACUGUAUGAAAUGUUCCUGAUCUCAUCAAGUGUCACAUCACACGAACAGGACAUGAGUUAGUUUUCUUUGACCUUUAGGGGAUCCUUAUAUGGUCACACAGUUAUUUAAUUGUAUACAUAGAUGACAAAUUAACGCUGCAUUAUGAGCUAUAGCAACCCACCAAUAUCAACCUUCCAGUUUUCCACAAUGAUAUUGCCUUGAAUUUCAUUGAGAAAAAAAAAUAUUUAUUGUAUCUUAUAACCAAAAACAAAUCAGUAGUCAAAGAGUUACUUUAGGUACUUAUAACUAGGUAUCUUGUCAAUUGCCAUGUAAUGAGUUCUGAGAUAUGAUAAUAUAUAGUAGGAAGCUGACACUUGGGAUAUCUGCCGCAUUGAAACCUUUAAGAAAAUUAGUUUCUGUGAAACACACAAUAAAUUUCCUGAUUUUGUCUUAAUUAAUUCUAUAAUUUUCCUUGUAUAAAACUUGAGUGAUCAAGCAAUAAUCAUGUUCUCUUCAACUUUUCUUUCUUAUUAGUGACUGCUUUUAGUCCAAAAUGUCAGGUUUGAUGAUAUAUAAUUUUUAUUUUGAUUAAUGCAUCAAAUUACUUGGUUAGACACCGGAGGUUUGGCACUGUUUUGCUUUUGUACAUUUCAUCUGCAGCAGGCCAAUUAUUGUUCCACAUGCUUCUAAAAUAUGUUUAAAAAAUAACUUGGUAAUGUUAAAAAAAACACGCAAGGGGAAUUGAUAUUGUUUUCAUGUGAUGAUUAUUUUGGAUUUCUACUUUGGAUUUUCCUUCAUUAUCUCCUCAAGGCACUCUUGGAGUCCAGUUCUAUGGAUGCCAGCAGCCACUCAAAUAACAUUUUGACACAUUUCUGCAGAUUUUUAACUAUUUAGAUUGACAUAAGUGUGAUCAAUCAUUCUUAUGUCCAGCAGCUACUGGUUAAUUCUGACUGAGAAGCCUGGCUGGUUUAUUGGCUUCCUUCCCCAGCGUUGGAAUGUUCAGAGCAAUUUUAACAGGCUAAUCUCUGCCCUCAUUGAGACCAGUGAACAAAAAACACAGCCUGAAACUUUCUGCCUUACUGGGUUUGCCUUUAUUCGCUGGGCUACCUUGGUCUUUUGGACUUGAACAAUAGCUUGUAGCAUCGUUAUGUGACUUUCAUUGUUAAAAUCAGUAAGGAAAUACAUUCCAUAGGACAGGUUAGA